AGGGCAUCGCUGCGUCGCUGGCAGCGGUUGGCUGUCCCGUGUGACGCUUUGGGGCAACUGUGAUUGCAAGCGUGGGGGACCUCAGCUCGCCUCAGAUCUCAGGAGUUCCAUCCAGAGGCAGCUUUUGGUCCCCCAUCCUAGCCCUGCUAACCUCGACAAGGAGCGGUUAGCGUCCUGCAAUUGUUGAGUCGUAUCGAAGAGGGUAGAAAAAGAAAGGUGAGAAAAGCAACCAAGUCCGAAGAGAAGACAUCGGUGCGAACUUCCCAACCCAUUAAGAGAAGGAUUGAACCGCGGAGAUCUCGGCGGGACUGCUCCAGUGCCCGGCUAGGAGGAACCGAAGCGGCGCGGUCCGCGGGGCUGGGUCUUCUUGCACCUUGGGUCACGCCUCCUUGGCGAGAAGGCUCCUCGCCUUUGAUUGCUUCCAGUUAUUGCAGAACUUCCUGCCCUGGUGGAGAAGCGGGUCUCACUUGGGUCGCUCAAGCUUUUGGCCUGAAGCAUAAGACUGAGUUCACUAGCUUCCGGGUCUCAGAACCAGGAAGGGUUGGGGGAACAGAGUCUGCGUGCCCACGCACCCAGAGUGUGGAGCCCUGUAUUGGGGUCCUCCCUCCCCUCGCAUUCGCACCCGGCAGUGCCUUGCGCCACCCCAGGGACUCCUCGCAGGGAGAUGGCCGCGUUGAUGCGGGGCAAGGAUUCGUCCCGCUGCCUACUCCUACUGGCCGCGGUGCUGAUGGUGGAGAGCUCACAGAUCGGCAGCGCGCGGGCCAAACUCAACUCCAUCAAGUCCUCUCUGGGCGGGGAAAUGCCUGCCCAGGCCGCCAAUCGAUCUGCGGGCGUAUACCAAGGACUGGCUUUCAGCGGCAGUAAGAAGGGAAAAAACCUGGGGCAGGCCUACCCUUGCAGUAGCGAUAAGGAGUGUGAAGUUGGGAGAUACUGCCACAGUCCCCACCAAGGGUCCUCAGCCUGCAUGGUGUGCCGGAGGAAAAAGAAGCGCUGCCACCGAGACGGCAUGUGCUGCCCCGGUACCCGCUGCAAUAACGGCAUCUGCAUCCCGGUCACUGAGAGCAUUUUAACUCCUCACAUCCCAGCUCUGGAUGGCACUCGGCACAGAGAUCGAAACCACGGUCACUACUCCAACCAGGACUUGGGAUGGCAGAAUCUGGGAAGACCACACACCAAGAUGGCACAUAUAAAAGGGCAUGAAGGAGACCCCUGCCUACGAUCAUCAGACUGCAUGGAAGGAUUUUGUUGUGCUCGUCACUUCUGGACCAAAAUCUGCAAACCAGUGCUUCAUCAGGGAGAAGUCUGUACUAAACAGCGCAAGAAGGGCUCUCACGGGCUGGAAAUUUUCCAGCGAUGUGACUGUGCAAAGGGCCUGUCUUGCAAAGUAUGGAAAGAUGCAACGUAUUCCUCCAAAGCCAGACUCCAUGUGUGUCAGAAAAUUUGAUCACCACUGAGGAAAAUCAUCAACAGCAGACUGUGAAUUUGUGUAUUUAAUGCAUUAUAGCAUGGUGGAAAAUGAGGCUUGGAAUGCAAAAGGAUGGUUAAUAUAAGAAAUGGGAUAGAAUGGAGAUCACAACAAGAGAGAAAGAAAAAGAGAACGGAGUAGAUUACAUGGGGUGACAAAGGCAACACAGCCACUGUGUUUCCAUUAUGCAACUUGUUUAUGUAAAUAAUGUACACAUUUGUGAAAACACAAUUAUUAAAAAUAAGCACACAGUGGAAAUGACUGAUGAGUACCACGGGACUUUCCAAGAGUUUAGGUUGUGCUAGAGGAAAAGUUUCCUUCAGAUUGGUGACUGCCUAUAAAAAUAACCUAAAGCCAUAUUUCUAUUCAAAGUUAUGGUUAAAAUGCUUCCUAUAUACUUGGGCAUACAAUAGGCACUAAAAUAAUUUGAUUUGUUAAAUAGGACAUAAAAACACAACACAAUUUGCAGUACAAAAUAAUCUUUAAAUUUGGAAUCUUAAUUCUAAUUAAAGGCUUUGGUAAAUAAGAAAAAAGUAGUCAAAGUCAUUUUUUUUUAAUAAUUUCAAAAUCAUGAAAGGUGUUUUAUCAAGGAUUUUGGAAAAGAAGAAAGAAAGAAACACAACCAAGACAACUUUGCUUUUCCAUGAACUGCUAUUGACAUUUUUCAAAAGUUUAAUUUUGCCUAUCAAUUAAUUAGAACUGGUAUAAGACAAAAAGAGUACCUUCAGAUUCUAAAUGAAUGACAAUGUAUUAAAGAUGCCCAGUAAGUGUUGGAAACAAAGCUAAUGAAGAGAUUGCCAUUUUUUUUUAAACUUUGCCAUGGCCUAUGUUUUCAUAAAAUUAGACUGGUAAAUAUAAUUAGUUUUACAUACUCAGCAGUAAAGAGACUUGAGCUAUAAUGUUCUACAUUGAAGCACAGCAGGAAAAUGGGGAAAACUUUGUCAAUUAACCAGGUUUUGCAACACAAAGACCAUAUGUCUGAAGCAUGGGCUGACUUUUCAUCUUUGAAACCAGAGGCUUUACAACACAAACGAAAGAUCUCCAUGGGAUUUUUUAUCAUAAUAUUUACCACACAGAUGAAUUCAGUAUGAGGUCACUUGGCCUUACCAUCCUCAAAAUAUUUAUUUUAUACUUUUGAGGUCCUAAAAUAAUUUUAGUGUACAGAGUUCUCAUGAAAUGGACACUCCAGGUAGACAGCGUAGGGAGGUUCCAUUGAUUCCAGAAGCUCCUGACUAACAAUGGCACCAUAUGAGCUUUUUAUCCCAAACUCUUUCUGCAACAGCUGUUUUAUUGCCAAAGACAUAGUUUCUGUUUUCUUCAGACAUUGAGGUUAAGAAAUAUAAAUAGAAUAACUUGUAAAACCUACAUAUCGCUAAUCUUUAGAAACCACAGUUCCUAAAUUCUUUGAAACCAAUUUACUGCUUUUUUACUUAUCUUAGUUCUAAAUAUCAUGUCGAGAGCAUUGAAGAAAAAAAAAAACUUUACCUUAUAGUUGUUACUUUAAACUUUUAGAGAUCACAAGUCACCCCUUAAUUUUCUUUUAAACUCCAUCUGCAGUCUCCAAUUUAAGUUCUCCCAGUAGUAACUGAAUUUGAGUCUGUAACUGUAUUAAAGAAUUUUAGCUUCCCACACACAUUUACUAGGAUGAUUAAGAUUUAUGUUUCCUGCAAAAACAAAAAUUAUAAGCUAAAUUAUCCAAGAGCUAAAGUUUGUAUAAACAGGUUGCUGUAAGCUUGGUGACAUGAAAACGGAACAUUUCAGUCAAACAUUUCCUAUGUAGCAGUUACAUUUAAAAUCCAAUUUCUACAUCAUUUCCCUUAUGUUUGCCCUUUCAAAAGUUAUUAUUCAAAGUAAUUUAUUUACAGGAAAUGUUAAUGAGAUGUAUUUUCAUAUAGAGAUAUUUCUUACAGAAAGCUUUGUAGCAGAAUAUAUUUGCAGCUAUUGACUUUGUAAUUUAGGGAAAAUGUAUAAUAAGAUAAAAUAUAUUAAAUUUUUGUCUUUCAAAA